AUGCCAAUCCCCACGCGCUCCCUUUCCCUCCGCGGACAAAGUAAACAGAAUAUCUUACUCACUAUCACCAAGUCGACCGCAGGACGCACAGCAGCGAGCAAGAUCCCACCAGAGGAGGGCGAUGGCGAUGGGUCCGCAGACUCACACUCAAGCACAAGCGCGAGCACAAGCGCAAGCACAAGCACAACCGAUCGCAGGAAGAGCCUCCUCCCUCAGCGCAGUAUCCCCAGUGGGGAUCGAGAUCGAGAUCGAGAUGGUGCUGCCCCGGUGCGCCAGCAGCAGCAAUUGGAGACACGGUUACAGCGGGGAAGUCGGAUCUUGACGAAGACGCCGGGAGCACAGAAGAAGCAGGAAGAGGGCGUUUCGGUGUCCAGCACAGCAGUGCCAGCCACAGCUACGCUGGCGAAUACUCGACGACAAAGUUUGAUACGACCUAGCCCGUUGAAAACGGGGACAGCUACAGCUACAGCUACAGGCGCAGGCACAAGGACGGGAACGAAUCCGGGCGGGAGGGCUGCUACAACGCCGAAGAGCGCGACGUUCAGCGUGCAAGGAUUGUCGACCUUUCCGAUGAAAAGGGAUGGGGUUGCGUCAAUGUCCCCGAAGAGAACGGAGAUGCCGCCGCCGGCGCGGCCGACUCGGUCGGCGUCGAUGAGACAGCCUUUGAAAGCUGGUACUGGUACUGGUACUGGUACUGGUACUGGUGCUGGUGCGGGUGCGGGUUCCGGGACCCCGGCGACUGGGGUUAGGCAUGUGCGGCACCGGAGCCAGAUUGUGGCGCCGUCGUCGAGCCAGGGUCAGGUUUCCAGGAGGAGCGACUCGGAAUCUUCUGGGUCGACGCCUAUGACGACCCCCGGGUUGGCGGCUGGGACGAGACCGAGCGGGCAGUUUACAACGUAUCAGCAGCAGUUUUCGCCGAGGAAGGUAGUGAGACCCGCAGCUUCAUCGGUUGCCAGCGCGUCCGCGCAUGGGGAGGAUUCACUGAUCCCGACGUCGUGGCCAGAGAUCGCGGCGCUUCAGACGGAAUUACUACAGUUGAGCUUGCUACAUUCGUCGUCACUACAGCAGAUGGCAGCACUGGAGGCCGAGUCGGAGGAACAGCUACAGACCAAGUAUGACGCGGUCGCGAAGACGUAUCGCGCGAUGGUCGGGGAAGAAAAGAAGCGCCAGCGGUUGCUGAAUGGACAAGCCUUGAAUCGCUGGCUAGAGAAUGCCAGCGAACAUGGUGGUCGCCCGAACUUCGCCGCGCAGAUCCAGGCCUUUUCGCAGCUCGUGCAGGAAGUGUGUGAUUUGACCGACAGUCUCGAAGGGAAGUAUACGAUGCUUGUCCAGAAAUUCGAGGAAUGGUUCCGGAAAGUGCAAGCGAUCGAGAGCAUGCGACUUCAUCGACAGCAGGGAGAUGCAAACCACGUGGUUUUCAUUGACCCGCUCGAUCGCGUAUGGAAGGACGAGGUGCACGUCAUGAUUGUGAAGCUUGAACAGGGCUUGAGGCAGCUUCAGAGUCUGGAUAUUACGGACUACGACGGACCAGAGCCAGCGCUAGCUGAUGCUGCACUUGUGCGCACAGCUAAGGGACUCGACGUGAUGAUCGCUUCGAUGGUGGACGAGUUGAAAGUGAUACGUAGGUUCGAAGCGCAAAUUGUAAGGUCGGAGAGGCAGUGGGUUAGUCAGUCAGCUCGCAGCCAAAUUGGCUGCAACCCACCCACAAGAUGCGAGGGAUGCGAGGGACGCGAGGCCUGGAAUGUGGAGAACUGCACUGUUGAGGUCAUAGACGAUUCUAUUUGGAUUUUUCUGAUGGAUCGACCAUGGAACUCACUGAAUAUGUGA